GUAUCGAAAAAAAGGGGGACUAUCUUCAGCGCCGUCUAGCUCGGAAAAUCACGAACCAAAGUGAACCAGUUACCAGGUGAGGUGGAUGUGUGGGAAGUUUGCGCUACACACUUUUAUUUCUAUCCUACCAUACCAUUUGAGCUAUUGGCUUGGAAUUUGGACUUUGGAGGUUAGAGCGUGUGCUAGUAACAAAGCUGGGAAAGGUGUUCGUGUUGAGAGAGAGAGAGGGAGAGAUUUAUAUUUAUCGAGGUUGCUCUCGUGCUCCUCUCCGAAACUUGACGGGACAAAUAAGUCAAACGUCAAACGGGAUACUGCCAAGAUGUCACAGGAGAUAGAUCUGUUGCAUUGUUAUCACCGUGGCUGUGGAAAGAAAUUCGAUCCGAGAGAUAACAAGGACGACGCUUGCCUUCACCAUCCGGGACAUCCGGUGUUUCACGACGCGUACAAGGGAUGGUCCUGUUGCAGCAAGAAGUGUACAGACUUUACCGAGUUCUUGAACAUCAAGGGAUGCACGAGGUCGAAGCACUCGAACGAUAAACCGCCGGAACCGGAAAAACCGCCGGUCGAUAAAAGUAAAGCUGGCGAAGUGAUACAGGUCGUCACAAAGCCUCUAAGUAACAGAGCAGCCUUAGCGAGGCCUUCCUUCGAUGCGCCACAGCUCAUGCUGUCGCCGACGAUAUCUCCCGCUCUGCUAGAAAUAGAAUUGUCUUAUCUUAAAGGGUUGACAGCUUUAGAAGCUGACAAACCGACAGACAAUACGGUACAGAUAGGUCAAACUUGUAAAAACAAUUCCUGCAAAGGGACUUAUGAGGGAAUUGCCUCUGACAAGGAGGUUUGCAAUUAUCAUCCUGGUGUGCCUAUCUUUCACGAAGGUUUGAAAUAUUGGUCUUGCUGUCAGAAAAAAACCACAGAGUUUUCUACGUUUCUGGAACAGCCAGGCUGUACGCAAGGCAGACACGUAUGGUUUUCCAAGAAUGUAGGAAAGAAGGCUCAAUGUAGGAUGGAUUGGCAUCAAACCGGAUCACACGUGGUCGUUUCUAUAUUCGCGAAAAAAUACCUGGCCAGUCAGUCUUUCAUAAAAUUAAAUCCCAUUCAUCUGACUGUAGAAUUAUUCUUUGUAGAAGAAAAUUCGAGAUAUAAUCUUGAUAUAGAAUUGAGAGGGAUUGUCAACGUCGAGCAAAGUAGUGUACAUAUGCUGCCAACCAAAGUAGAAAUUAAAUUGAAGAAGGCUGACAUUGGUUCCUGGUCGAAAUUGGAUGUUCCCAGAGAUGCAGAACCAAAAGACCUUGAAAGUAAUGAAAAUUCGGCGAAUCUCAAUUCGCAAAUUGAAGCUGUGGAUCUUAGUGACCUUUAAAUACUAACGAUCUUUAAUUAUAAAAAAAAAACGUACAAUUAAAUCUAUAAAAUUGUAAUCAUUUUCUAUUUUGAAAUGAUUUAUUCGAGUUUAUAAAAGAGAAGAGAGUUUUAAGAGUACACAAGACGUGUUGUGUGCUGACCGUUUUCGUUACAGUAAUCUUAGCGCGAUGGCAAUACGAUGGAAGUGUAUUCAAUUUUCUUUGUUUUAAAUUAGAAAAGUCCAAGCUGUGAGUGUGUAUGAAAUAUUGAUAUUUUUUUAUAAAGUUUACUUCUUUUUCCAUCUCCUGAAAGAAAAGAUAGAUUUAGUGUUAA